AUGUAUUUCAAAAAAUGCCUAUUUGUUUUCUCAACAAUUGUUAUAUGUGCUUCGGCUGCACACUUCCUUGAACAAGAAUGGAACUUGUGGAAAUCCAAAUAUGGUCAGUUUUUAUUUUUUUAUUUUUACUGAAAUCUAUCAUUUCUGUGUUGGUCAGGGACAAAUGUAUCUGUUCAGUCAAUGAACUAAAACAUUCUAUGUCCAAUUAGUGCCUUUCCCUAUAAUUACCAUCCUUGUUUUUGCCUUAAUGUAUACUUCCCUUCACGAAUGUACUAUAUUGAUCAAAUACAUUACAUUUAAAAAUAAUACCCCUAACAAUUUCAAAUAACUUGUAUGACAAAUACUGCUCAUAAAUAUAGAAAACUACCUGUUGAGGGAUCAUAAUGUGCAAUAACUGCAGAUAAAUAAAGGUAUACGCAUGCACACGUCUGUGCCAGGGUAUAUGUCUAUAUGAAUAGUCCAAGCAAUGGAAUAUCAAUAACGGGAGAAAAAAUAGGGGGGAAGUUAACUAAAUCCUUAGUUAGAGCAAUGGUUAUGUUAAACCAUAUGUAAGACACAGCAUAACUAUCUGACUGUAUAGAAGGAAGAAACACCAUGCAUCAAUGGGCGCGUUCUAAUUGCCAACAAAUAGCGUUCAUUGGCAGUGCCGGUGUUAGAUGACAGUCUGAUAGUACUAUGAAACCAGGAAGGUCUGGGGUGAAUCAAAAUUGAUCCACACUACUGGAUAAGUCACUCAGCACCUAUUCAUAAUCCCAUAUUCAAUCACAGGAAAGCAAGUGCGGUAGUAAAUAAAUUCCAUGCUGCUACAUAACUUUGUGGAUAACUCUUCAACUUUCCUCCUGUGCCUUCAAGGGCACCUAUUGCUAAUCCCACUCUCAACUAGUAACACAUGAUCCCUAUAGAAAAGAACAUGAUCGCUCCGUGAGUGAAUGAAUUAAAAAAUAAGCGUGGUAGCAAGUCCGUGUGCUGUCAUAAGAUCAAUCAAGACAGCACUAACAGGACCCUUGACGCGCGUGUUUCGCCCGACCUGGCUCGUCAGAGGGGAACUGGCCGGUACCGAGCACUGAGUUUAAAUAGGAGGAGGUUCUGUGUCUUUUAGGUAGAUUUGAAAUGUGUUAAAGGGUGCCAUGGUGCUCCUCCUACUGGGAGGGCAAUCUCACUUGUGUGAAAUUAAGGUAGGACUAUAUGUUAUAUUGUAUAGCCCAUUCAUUAUCAUAUAACCAUUCUGAUAUUAACUGCUUUGAUGGCUCAACUGUUCAUUAUGCCUGCCUGUAUAACAAUCAGUAGUAGGGCAUUAGUUAUCCCAGUAUACAACUAUGUGGUCACUCGGUAUCUCCGCUAAUGGUAGAGAUGGAAAUAUCGUAAUAGAAUACAUUCAAGUUUUACUGAAGUAUCAAGUUUAUAAGAUAAAUCAUGGUCAAAAGAGGUGCUAGUAUUUAUUUAUUUUUCUUUAUUUAACAGUUUAGAGUCUAUAAGACAGCUGACACUCAACUAAGACUAUACUAUAUCCCAGUCUCCUUUGGUACUCUAUUCUCCGUCCAUUUAUAUAGUUUCCAUUUUAUUGUUAUAUUUCAUGGCAGGAAAACAAUAUGACACAGAAGAACUUGAAUUGUAUCGCCAAAAAGCAUGGUUAGCCACGAGGGAUCUGGUGAAGAAACACAACCAGCUGGCAGAACUAGGUCUUAAAAACUACACUUUGGCAAUGAAUCAGUUUGCAGAUCUGGUAAGUUUUAUGAAAUCAUUCUGUAGGUAUAUUAGUAAUUUAAUUAACCAGAUCCUGAACAUAAUUAAUUAGAUUGAUUUUGUUUUCCAUACCAAAAUAAAUCAUUAUUAUUAUUCUUUUUUUUAAAGAAGAGCUAGUACAGGAAUCACUGAUAUACAUUUUUAGUGUUCUCUGGUGAACUUCUAGAAAAAGAGCAUUUAUCUUUACUUUAUUAUUUACAUCUGACCUGUUUUUGUACUGCAUGGGAUAUAUUUCAAAAUAUUUUUUAGUAAUACACAAGAAUGAACGCAAACAGCAACAAUUAUCUAUUUACAUGAUGCAGCAUAAAGUGAAUGAAAGAGAAACUGACCUGCAUUAUGAACAAAUUGUGUUAUCUUGUUUCAGACCCCAGAAGAAAGGGCUUCCCACAUCAGUCUUGGCUUGAAAGAAAAAGUUUCAGAACCUCGCUUUUUCCAGAAUCGUCAUAGAAAUUUGACCGUUAUUCCAAAGAAAUUUGACUGGAGAAAAACAAAAUGUGUGACUCCAGUUAAAAGUCAAGGUGAAUGCGGAUCAUGUUGGGCAUUUGCGACGGUAAAAUGAUUAAUCACUUAAUUACUGUAAAUCUGGCUAUUAAGAAAUUGGAUUUAUCCUAUAUUGUGUUAAUUUAGAGUAAAUGCAUGGUGGAUGGAAUUAAAACAUUACUGUUACUUCUGAGGUCUUUGUAUUUUUUGCAAGGUCCUCACCAAAGUGAUAAUUUUUAACCUGGGAGAGGAUCAGUAAGAUAGAUAAACUUACCUGAACCUCCUACUCCUUAGAAAUGUCAUCUUCCUCCCCUUCUUUGGUUUCAGUAUCACUAUUGCUCUUUCAAAAAUGAGCUAGAGCAGCGGUUCCCAAAGUGUGGGUCGCGGCCCACUGGCGGGUCGCAUGGCGAUUCCCAGUGGGUCGCGCUGACCCACACAUCCAGGGCCGCAGGGGACUUGGGCAAGCAGACUGACACCAGGAGAGAGCCCGGCGGAUUGCCCUGGAUGCCGCCGGGCUACCUCCAAUCAGUCUGCCCAGCAGCCCCGGUCAGCACCUCCGCUUGGGGCAGAGCUGCAGUCCGUGUGAUAGAAGUCUCGCGAGCACCCAGAGCGUUACCAUGGCAACACUCUGGGAGCUCGCAAGACUUUUAUUACACGGUCUACAGCUCUGCACCCGGCGGAGCUUAGACCGGAGAGUUACCCCACUGGACCACCAGGGAGACACUGGACAACCAGGGAAUUCAGAUAGGACACAGCCCCCAGACAUCCCCCUCCCCCUCAUGUAACCCCUUCACCCCCUGCCCUCCCAUGUAACCCCUUCACUCCCUGCCCUCCCCAUGUAACCCUUUCACUCCCUGACCUCCCCCAAUGUAACCACUUCACUCCCUGCCCUCCCCUGUAACCCCUUCACUCCUUGCCCUCCCCAUGUCACCCCUUCACUCCCUGCCCUCCACAAACUGUCCCCCCUUCACUCCCUGCCCUCCCCAUGUAACCUCUUCACUCCCUGCCCUCCCCCAACCCCCUGUCCCCCCAUGUAACCCCUUCACUCCCUGCCCUCCCCCAUGUAACCCCUUCACUCCCUGCCCUCCCCCAAUGUAACCCCUUCACUCCCUGUCCUCCCCCAUGUAACCCCUUCACUCCCUGCCCUCCCCAUGUAACCCCUUCACUCCCUGCCCUCCCCCAAUGUAACCCCUUCACUCCCUGCCCUCCCCACACUGUAACAUCUUCACUCCCUGCCCUCCCCACACUGUAACCCUUCACUCCUGGCCCCCCACACUGUAACCCCUUCACUCCCAACCCCCCUCCCCACACUCUAACCCAUUCACUCCCGGCCCCUCCCACUGUAACCUUUUCUCCCCCUGCCCCCCACACUGUAAACCUUUGCCCAUCCCUUCUCCCCUGUCCACCCACUGUAACCCUUUCUCACUUUGCCCUCACACUGCCCCCACACUGUUACCAGCACACACACUCCCUCCCACACUGUCACCCUCCCCUCUGCCACACACUGUCACCCUCACCUCUGCCACACACUGUCAUCCUCCCCUCCUGUCUCUGCGUGUAUGUGUAUCUGUGUGUUCUUUUGUUUCAGUGUGUGUAUUUGUGUGUCUGUGUGUAUUCUGUGUCAGUGUGUAUCUGUGUACAUGAGUGUCUGUGUAUCUGUGUGGGAAACUAGGUGUCAUUGCGUGUAUUGCUGUGUCAGGGUGUGUAUUUGUGUGUCUGUGUAUGUGUGUGUAUAUGUGUAUACACUUCACACAUACUCCAUACAAAAAAACAUGCUUACAUUCAAACACACAUUGUGUAUAUGUAUAUUUUAUAAACACAAUACACACACUGCAUCCACUACACACACACACUGCAUCCACUACAAAUGCAAACUUUACAUACAAACAUACCCGGCAUUAAAACACUAAAAUUAUCUACAAACACCCCUUCAUUCAAACACCAACACUCAAAAAGCACACCUGCAUUUCAAGUCCGACACUACAUACAAACACCCAUGCAUUCAGACGCAAACAUUACAAACAAGUACACCACUACAUUCCAAUGGCAACAGUACAUACAAAUACACCCAUCCAUGCACAUAUAUACUUAAUACAAAAACAUGAUUACAUUCAAACGCUCAAACACUGCUCACAAAUAUAACCCUGCAAUGAUAAGAAAAUGGUAGAUCCCCAUCUGGUAUAGCAUUGUUGAAGUUCUCUGACAGAUGGAUCUACAUUUUGGCCACACUUGCACUAGAGGGGGGCCCAGAAAACAUAUUUGCACCAGGGCACUCUCUACAUUAGUUCCACCACUGGGAUAAUCAUUGUGAGGAGCCUGUUUGAAAGAGCAGGACACAGCACUUCUGAUUCUAAGUCUGUGAGUAAGCAGUUGUAUGUCUCUAAAACUGAUUGCCAUGAUGUGCAAAAUUUCUGCCUCUAAAAUUGCCAUGAUAUCCCAGAAUUAUGCCUCUAAAACUGCCAUGUUAUGCCAAUUUUGUGCAUCUAAAACUGAUUGCCAUUGUGUGGCAAUUUUAUGCAUCUGACUGUUUGCCAUGGAAUGCCAAUUGUAUGCUUCUGAAGCUGAUUGCCAUGAUGUGCCAAGUUUAUGCAUCUAAAAGUGAUUGCCAUGAUGUGCCAAGUUUAUGCAUCUAAAAGUGAUUACCAUGAUGUGCCAAGUUUAUGCAUCUAAAGCUUAUUGCCAUGCUGUGCCAAGUUUAUGUAUUUAAAGCUGCCAUGAUGUUCCAAUUGUAUGCCUCUAAAACUGAUUGCCACGAUGUUCUGAAUUUAUGCCUCUAAAUCUGGUUGCCAUGGUGUGCCAAUUGUAAGCCUCUAAAACUGAUUGCCAUGGUGUGCCAAUUGUAUGCACCUAAAGUUGCCAUGAUGUGUCAAAUUUAUACAUCUAAAACUGAUUGCCAUGCUGUACCAAUUUUAUGCAUCUAAUGCUGAUUGCCACGGUAUGCCAAUUGUAUGCAUCUAAAGCGGAUUGCUAUAGUGUGCCAAUUGUAUGCAUCUACAGCGGAUUGCUAUAGUGUGCCAAUUGUAUGCAUCUAAAGCUGACAUAAUGUUCCAAUUGUAUGCCUGUAAAGCUGAUUGCUAUGGUGUGCCAAUUGUAUGCCUGUAGAGCUGAUUGCCACAGUGUGCCAAUUGUAUGCAUCUAAAGCGGAUUGCUAUAAUGUGCCAAUUGUAUGCCUCUAAAGCGGUUUGCCAUGGUGUGCUAGUUUUAUGCCUCUAAAAGUAAUUGUCACGGUGUGCCAAUUGUGUGCAUCUAAAACGGAUUGCUAUAAUGUGCCAAUUGUAUGCCUCUAAAGUGGUUUGCCAUGGUGUGCCAGUUUUAUGCCUCUAAAAGUAAUUGUCAUGGUGUACCAAUUGUGUGCAUCUAAAGCGGAUUGCUAUGGUGUGCCAAUUGUAUGCCUCUAAAGCUGAUUGCCAUGGUGUUCACUUUUUAAAAUAUGCAUUAAAAGCAAGUGGGUCUCGAAAAAUUACUGUUUUGAAAAGUGGGUCUAGGCCCAUAAAAAUUUGGGAAGCCCUGUGCUAGAGUUUAAAAAAAUGGAUUAUAUAUGAAUAGAAUACAGGUUCUUCCAAUAUGAUCCUCUGCAUCUAUAAUAAGGUGCCACAGACAUAUAUUGCAAGUUGUGCAAGAAAAUGCAGCAUGCUCCCAUCAGCUGUUGCAAUUUCAUAUUGUACAAAACGAUAUCUAAAGAUGCCAUUCCCAUCAGCCAUUUGGCACCUUGUGCACAUAUAAGCAAUUUAAAAAACUAUAUUUAAUGAUGGCAUCUCCCAGAAAUUCUCACAUAGUUUUAAUGUAACAUGCAAUUUUUGGUCUGUAUUUGGCUCGCAAAUUACAGAUCUGUAUUAAUAUAGUUAAUGUAAUACAUUUAUUUUCAAAAAACAAUUAAACGCACGUUCAUACCAACUUUUGUGACUGGAAUGACCUUUUAAGAAGGCUUCAAGUUCAAUACAUCUGUCCAGGAUAUAGGGCAAAAAAUUAAGUAUUGCAGUUUCUUGUAUUACCUUGUUUAUUAUCUAACAGAAAUCUGUAGUUACAAGCUUUCAGGAGUGCCUCUCUUCAUCAAGUCUAAAGCAUCACUGACCAAUAAAGAAACAAGCAGGCUAUGAUAGCUUUUAGACUUUAUAAGUUGAGGAACUCCUGAAACCUUGUCACUAAUAAUUUAUGUUAGUCAAAUACACAAGGUAUUACAAGAAACUGCAAUACAUCAUUAUUUUGCAUCUUUAUAGCUGGACCAAUACAGCUUCUCUAAUGUGACUGGGAUAGAAUGAACAAUUCAAAAGAGAACAGUGCAGUUAACUACACUCUACUCUCCUUCAAAUUUGUUUCAAUGCAUUUGUCCCGAGUCAAUAAAGUCCUUCUGUAUAUUGCUGAACAUAAUAAUAUGGAUGGAGUUCAAUACAAUUAUUUAUGAAUAUUAUUUCUUCUGAAUUAAAAGGAUCUCAUGUAAAUUGUGUUUUAAGGUGGGCCUUAUUGAAACCCGUUACUGCCUUGAUAAGGGUAAGCAACUUCUAUUCAGUGAGCAGCAGCUUGUGGAUUGCGAUAAAUCAAAUUAUGGUUGCGAUGGUGGACUCCCAAUUAAUGCUCUGGAAUAUGUUUCCAAAAAUGGUAUUAUGAAGAGUGAUGACUACAAAUAUGAAGAACAGGUAGGAUUUCUUUCUCUUAAACAUUAAUUAACAGUUGUACUAUAAGUAAAUAUUCAUUUAGACUACAACUGUUUAAUAAUAUACAUUUUUAUAUUUGGAAUCUUGUGCAUUUUAUUUUACAUGAAAGAGAAAUCACCACAUUGUUUUUCCCUGCAACAGACCAACUCAAUCAUGCUCUAGAUAUAGGUUAGUCAACCUUUUAAAACCUACCACACACUUUUAUAUCUUUGUUGAAUGUAAAUUUUUCUUAUCUCCCAGCAGUGCCACAGUAACUAAUUUUAUAGCGCAAAUGCAUUUUAUUUUUAUAUUUUUAGAAAGUUUUUUUUAAAUAUGUACUUAAAAUAACUUUUUCCUUUUUUUCUACUUUUUUUUCCAUGUGUCUGUGAAGUUCUGUGAUUGUGUGUGCAUGUGAGGGGGAAAUGUGUGUGUGUGACUGGUGUAGUGUGUGAGAGUGGUGAUGUGUGUGUGUGUGAGGGGUGCAGUAUGUGGGUGAGGGGUGCAGUGUGAGGGUGAGGGGUGCAAUGUGAGGGUGAAGGGUGCAGUGUGUGUGUGUGAAGGGUGCUGUGUGUGCGAGAGAGGUGCUGUGUGUUUGUUUGUGAAGGGUGCAGUGUGUUAUUGUGUGAAGGGUGUAGUGUGUGUGUUAGUGGUGCAGUGUGAGGGGACAGGGUGUGUGAAGGGUGCAGUGUGUGUGUGAGGGGUGCUGUGUGUGUGUGAAUAAUGUUGGUGUGUGCAGGAGGGUAGUGUGUGUGUGUGUGAGGGGGCAGUGUGUGUAUGAAUGGUGCUGUUUUUGAAGGGUGUUGUGUGUGUGAGAGGGGCAGUGUGUGUGAGGGGGCAGUGUGUGUGAUGGGUGCAGUUUGGGGUAGUGUCUGUGAGAGAUGCAGUGUGUGUGUGAGGGGUGUAGUGUGUGAGGGGUGCAGUGUGUCUGAGGGGUGUAGUGUGUGUGAAGGAUGUGAAGGAUGCAAUGUGAAAAUGUAUCUUAAUGUCUUCCUCUCCCUUCUUCUUACAUUUUACCAGGGAGAAGGGACAUAAUGCUUCUAACCCUGGUGAUCCAGUGGUGGCAUGUUCACUUUAGCCUGCAGCUCCUCUGGCUGCAGGCUGACUUUCAUGUCCUCCUGUGAGAACAGCACUGUAUCGGAGCAUUGCCAUUGUAACAGGCGGCAAUGCUCCAACUAGCCUGCUCGCGAGAGUAACACAGAGCCUCCCAGGCCUUUCCCUCACUCUCCUGGAACUAAGCACCAGAGGGCCAGUGAGGGAGAUCUUUGAUCUCCUCAACAGCCCGAGAUGGCUUCCAGCAAGGCUGGCUCUCCAUGGACAGGCAAGGGAGAUGGUCCAUGGCCAUCGAGGCCCACCAUGCUAUAUGAAACAUUUCAGAUUUCUAACAGUUUAAGCUUCCCCGUUUACUAAUAAUUAAAAGUGUGAAGGGUUAUGCAGAGAUGUACAUUGGCUGAUUAUAUGAGUUUUAUUCUGACUCAGUUAUGCACGUGUGGUCAAAUGUAUUGUGUGUGGCCACAGAAUUGUAUAAUCUGGCCCCACACAUUUAUAUGAAGAGGGUGACCAGGGAAUUAGGUAUUGGCAUUGUUUGGGUUUUACUUUAGAUUCCACACCUCAUGUUUAGAGAAUUAAUUAAAGUUGACCAGGGGUUUGGUGGAUCCCUGCUAAUUCAUAUUUAGAAAUAGAGGUUAAUUAUAUGAACCGGGGCCACGUGACAUUUGAACAUUUUUUUCCCAUCCCGUUCUAUAAAGGUUAGUACAAUAAGAAAUAUUGUCAAUGUUUAAAUUGCAUUUUGGAAGAAAUUCAUUCAACAACAUGUUUUACGCUCUUAAUUAAUUUUGCUAAUUUCUUUUUAGCAAUCUAAGUGCUUAUUUAAUUCAAAUAAUGCAAUAAAGAUGAGAGCAACCAAAUUCUUUUAUCUGAGUGGAGAAGAAGAUUUGGCAACAUCCGUGGCAACUAAUGGACCUGUUACUGCUGGAAUUGGUGUUAAUGAGGAAUUUAUGCUGUAUGAAAAGGGUAAUGAAUAAUGAUAAUAAUGCAAUAAUGCGUUUUAUUUCAAAAUGCUCUGUUAAACAAAUAUGUGUUAUCACACAGAUAGUUGUAUACAAAAAAGCACCAGACUACAGUUUGUUGUUUUUUAAUAUUCUGCAGAAUUAUUUGGUGAGAACAAAAUAGCAAGGAAAAAGAUAUACAAGAAUUACAUUAAAAAAUGUAUUAAAAAUGCCUUGGACCCAACUUGACAGCAUAGCUAUACUUAGGACAAACAUAAAAUAAUUGAAAACGGAUUAUGAACAAUUAGUUCAAAUUACCAAGUUACCAACAUUUUAACUUUUUUAAUAGUCAGAAUGUAGCCAACUACCAAUGCAAAAAAGUAAAAAUAUCUUUCUAUGGUUGCAUUUAUAUUUGCUGUGCUGUGAAAACAAAAUCAGUUGAUUUUAGUUUCAGCAAUCUCAUCUGUUUAUCUUAAUAGCUGUGCAAAGUAUUAUAACUGCUACAGCACACUUUAGUGAUUAUGGAGCCAGGAUUGACUUGGAUCACCCCAAAGUAAGAAGCUUAACAGUUUGCUAACUGUUUGACUUCUGGAUUGUAUUGGUCCCUGCCUCUCUGCAGCCAGAAGCUCUCUGCCUGAGCUAGACCUGGUGAGACUUGGCACACUGGCUGAUGGUGAUCAGCUGAUGAUCACAGUGGUCAUUGAAUGAGAAAAUAAAUGAGAUUAAGUAGGAUUUAGGAUUGUUAAAUUGAAAUGUAGCCUGUUGCUCUAGAAACUAGUAUUUCGGACUUGGAUUGAUCUUUGGACUCUGUAUUGUAUUUCUUUUCGUCUAGAUGACUAUAAAUUAUUUUGGCAGUGUACCGGACCACGGGUAACCCGACCGGUUACCUCCGCUAAUUCCUUUCCUCAUCCACUCCGGAACUACUUAAAGUAUAAGGACACCCAUUCCCCCUAGUAACUGGAUGAGACACAGCUCCGGGAGUACAACUCAAUUUUAUUGUGCCACUCACGGCUUUUAUGCAUAACCCCUUUCAAGGGGUCUUCUACACACACACACAGACAGAGGUUUCCAUUCCAGGAUCCUCUGUACCUGGGAGCCAAGGCCUAGGAAAAGGGACCUAGUCUCUUUGUCUUCCAGACACAGAAAGCCCGCCACGAAUGUAGGGGGUCUUCCACACCAAACAACAGCGGUUUCCAUCCCAGGAGCCACUGUGCCUGGGAGCCAAUGUGCGGGAAAGGGAUCUAGUCUCCUUUUCUCCCAGGCACAGAAAAUGGCCAGUGUCCCAAAAGGGUCCUUACCAACCUCAGUAACCCCCACACCAAAUCCAUUCCCCUAACCAGUCUCCGUUCGGGGGGUUCCUGUGCGAAAACCAUGCAAGGAAAGCAUCUCCUAUCAGGAUACAAAUGCUCCCCCUGGUUGGCGUUUAUCCAUACGAAAUGGCGGCCACCCAGGGGAGCACUCAUUAAUUACAUCCCUUGCAGUUUCGCACAUAUGUUAUUGGUGUGAACAUUCCAAGUAAUUGGUGUGAACAUUCUAAUAGGGCACUGGGUGGUCCCUGUUCAGAAGACGAAUGGGUUCCGUUCAUAUGAACGUUCCCGAAUGGGGAAACAGGGUACAGUAUACAAAAUACAAAGGGGAAACACACAAUAUAAGGGGGAAACACCAAAUAAGCAGUGGUUCUGCCUCAGGAACUUCUUUAAUAUUUUAAUUAUCAAAUUAAUCACAAUACUACAUACAAAAUUAUAGUUAGGAGAGUGGCAACCCUCAAUUUGUAUUUUUUUAUUUUAUUUAAAAUACAUUUUCAACUUGUUUAAAAAUAUAUUUCAUCUAAUUUAGGAAUAUAUGAUGGAAGCUGCGCUGGAGGACCAAAUCAUGCAAUCAUUAUUGAGGGAUAUGGCCGCAACUACUGGAUAGUUAGGAAUAGGUAAACUAUUAACUAUUACUGUUUCUAUUUUAUUAUUGCAGAUUGAAAAAUAUUCAAAAUUCAAUUUAGAGCAAAUAUUUCAACAUUUUAGAUAGUGUAUUAAAUCAUGAAACCUUAGGCCAUGAGUAGGCAACCUUCACCUUCAUCUCCCAUAAUACUCACACAGCCAUAAUGAUGGCAAAACAUCCCAUUGUACAGAGCUGCGGAAUUUGUUGGAGCUUUAUAAAGAAUAAUAAUAAUAAUAAUAAUAAUAAUCAAGAGAGAUGUAGUCCGCAACAUCUGAAAUGCCAAAAGUUGCCUACCCCUGCCUUAGGCAAACAUUAAAUAUAUUUAAAAAACAAUAUUUCAAAUACAAGAGGCUUGUUCCCAGCUUUUUGGAAAAAAAUCUAGCUCAACUUACUAGUUUACUAGAAUGAAAACUGACACAAAAGUUUAAAGCCCAAAAUCUACUUUUUUUAAAUAAAAGAAAGUUUACUUGAAAAAAAAAAAUCACUACUAAAAUAAAAGCUCAUCUAUGCUUCUUGUCAUUGAAAACUUGAUGCACUUACAAUGCAGAAUUUACGUUUAUCUCAAAAAGCAUUUGUCCCUUGAUCUCAUUCAUGGGGGAUUAUUCCUGAUAUCUUAAAUCUCAUAUUAUAGACAUUGGGUAAGUGCUGCUCAGAGCUAAGUGUUAUAAUAUGUUACUUUGGAAAUUAGUGCAUUACUAUUACUAUUAAGUAAUUGUGUUAUUUAUUUUUCUUGUAGCUGGGGUGACGAAUGGGGAGAAGGUGGCUAUGUGAGAAUGAAGAGAAAUGUUAACCAGUGCAGUAUAGCUGUCAUGCCAGCGACUAUGGAAUUCACAUUUCUUUAA